UAGCUUGCUUACUUAGCUGAGUUGAGUAAAAGGGUUGAUGGAUUUUAUAGUGAAGGUUGAAGAAUCGAGGCCGGCGGCCGACGGGAGGCCAUCCGCGGGGCCUGUGUACAGGAGCAUUUAUGCUAAAGAUGGGCUCAUGGAGUUGCCGGAGGGGUUGGAGUCUCCAUGGCAGUUUCUCAGCGACUCUGCGAAGAAGUAUCCAAACAAUCCAAUGCUUGGUCGGCGUCAAGUCAAAGAAACAAAGGUGGGUCCCUAUGUAUGGCUUACAUAUCAAGAGGUUCAUGAUGCAGCCCUUCGAAUGGGUUCAGCCAUCAGGAGUCGCGGUGUCAAUCCUGGAGAUCGUUGUGGUAUCUUUGGAUCAAACUGCCCCCAGUGGCUUACUGCAAUGGAGGCCUGUAACAGCCAUGCCAUAACUUAUGUUCCGUUGUAUGACACCCUUGGUGCUAAUGCAGUUGAAUUCAUCAUCAAUCAUGCUGAAGUUUCCAUAGCUUUUGUUCAAGAGAACAAGAUCUCUGCUAUUCUGUCAUGCCUUCCAAAUUGCUCUACGCAUUUAAAAACAAUUGUCAGCUUUGCAAAUAUUUCUAGCACUCAAAAGGAGGAAGCUGAAGGACUGGGGGUAUCUUGUUUCUCUUGGGAGGAAUUCUCUCAGUUGGGAAAUUUAGAUUGUGAACUACCUCCAAAACAGAGGACUGACAUUUGCACUAUAAUGUACACAAGUGGAACAACUGGAGAACCAAAAGGUGUUAUUAUUACUAAUGGAGCAAUUAUGGCAGAAGUAUUGUCUGUGGAGCAAAUACUUUUUCUAACAGAUAAAGUGUGUACAGAAGGAGAUUCGUAUUUUUCCUUUCUUCCUUUGGCCCAUAUAUAUGAUCAAAUUAUGGAGAGCUAUUGCAUCUACAAGGGUUCCUCUAUAGGCUUCUGGCGAGGAGAUAUCAGAUUUCUAAUGGAGGACCUUCAGGAACUAAGGCCUACUAUGUUUUGCGGGGUCCCUAGAGUGUAUGAUCGCAUAUACACUGGUAUUGCUAAUAAAGUUUCAUCUAGUGGUGCGUUGAGGAAGACGCUCUUCCAAUAUGCUUAUAACUACAAGUUGGCAAAUCUGGAGAAGGGUCUGCCACAAGAAAACGCAGCACCUCUCUUCGACAAGCUUGUCUUUGAUAAGAUGAAACAAGCACUAGGGGGACGAGUUCGUAUACUGUUGUCUGGUGCUGCACCUUUGCCUAGGCAUGUGGAGGAAUUUUUUAGGGUCACCGCCUGCAGUACUUUGUCACAAGGAUAUGGCCUCACUGAAAGCUGUGGUGGAAGUCUUACGUCUAUUGGCAAUGUUUUUCCUAUGAUGGGAACUGUGGGUGUCCCCAUGACAACUAUUGAAACAAGGCUUGAGUCAGUGCCAGAAAUGGGAUAUGAUGCACUUUCCAGUGUGCCACGUGGAGAGAUUUGCCUGAGAGGAAAAUCCUUGUUUUCUGGUUACCACAAGCGACAAGAUCUGACAGAGGAAGUCCUUAUUGAUGGGUGGUUUCAUACUGGUGACAUUGGAGAAUUGCAGCCUAAUGGAGCAAUGAAAAUUAUAGAUAGGAAAAAGAAUAUAUUUAAACUGUCUCAAGGUGAAUAUGUUGCCGUGGAAAACAUUGAAAGCAAAUACCUGCAAUGCCCUCUUAUCACAUCGAUUUGGGUUUAUGGGAACAGCUUUGAGUCGUUUCUUGUUGCUGUGGUGGUCCCUGACAGAAAGGCAUUGGAGGAUUGGGCAGCAGAGCAUCAUUUGACAGAUGAUUUUAAAUCAUUAUGUCAAAACCUGAAGGCCAGAAAGUACAUUUUGGAUGAGCUCAAUAGUGUUGGUCAGAAGCAGCAACUACGAGGUUUUGAGCUGUUAAAAGCAGUCCACUUGGAACCAAAUCCCUUUGACAUGGAGAGGGAUCUUAUAACUCCAACAUUCAAACUGAAGAGAACACACCUACUUAAAUAUUACAAGGACCGUAUUGAUAAACUGUACAGUGAAGCAAAGGAAGCAAGGGUAUGACAGCAAUGUUGAAAGCCGGAAGCUACUAGAGAAAACCUUUUUACCACAAUUUCCCAAAGAUGUGAUUGCUGAUAGUGGGCAGGUGCUACCCACAAGGGCUCUGGAUUCGGAUCCCUGUGAGUCCGUCUUAAGUUAGUUUGUGUAUAAAUAAAGAUAAUAUGAAAAGUUCUCUCAGUUAUUUGUGCUUGCAAGUACACCCACAGAAUUGCUUUAUUCAUUCAUUCUUUCAGAAUGAAUGUCAGAUAUCAUAUUUGACAAGAAAUGUUUUGCUUCCCAAACCAUUUUUAUGGAAGUUAAAGACGAUAAAGAAUUAAUGGCUACUUUACUUCUGAUCUCA